UACACGUUUGAGGAUCUUAAUAUAUAUAUUUUAUUAUUUUUUUUAAUUAUAAUUUCCCCUCAGGACGAUGUGAAGAAAGUGAAUGGCGGCCAUUUUUAUUCAACCGCAGCUAGGCUUGUGCACGAGCCUUCCAGCGCGCGAGUGCUAAAUGGCGUAGCGCACGAGCGCUUGAGAGGAAGUGGCGGGUGAAGCAGGUCCGCACCUUUUCCGGUAACACAGAGCGGCUGAGGGACUGAAGAGAGAGAGAGAGAGCGACAGAGAGAGGGAGGGAGAGAGAGAAAAAGGGAUAACGGAUCCUGAGGAGUCGGUUAAAAGGGAGAAAGGACACCGAGAACGGAAACUCGGAUGAAUCAAUGACCUUUGGAGUUUUCUUUUCUUUCCUUUCCUUUCCGCUCGCUGCUUGUACGGGUUCCAGUUUGCUGCUACGCCGUUCAGACCACUACGGACACCAUGAAGUCUUGAAGGGAAUCCCAGGCGCUUGAAUGUGCCGAGUAGUUCAACCGAGCACACAACUCGGAAGUCGGAAGGAGCUGCUGUGGGCCGCUGUGUUCUCUCAAGUCUAAGACACACAGAACUACAGGAGUUCUUACACUGUUCACUGGAGCAGUCUUAAGAGCUAAUAAGUGGCUUUUUUUUUUCGCUCUCUAAUGGACCUGUCUUUCAGAACAUAUUGAGCCACCAGGACAGCCAGACAGGUUCAGGAAGGCUGCUUAUCCACACCCUGUCUGCCUCUUCUUCUUCUCUUAACUUGGGGUUUCAGUAUCCUUCAUUCCUCAAAAGUACACAUGCAGGUUGAUCUAGCUCCGAAGUUCUACUUUUUGUUGAAGCAAUAGUUUUGUUACGCCAAAAUCUGAAGUAGCACAUAGCCAAAGGUACGUUACCAAAAAAAAAAAAAUCUUUUCCUUUGUAGUAAACAUAAUAAUAUAUGCACAACCAACAAGAUGGGGAAAAUGCUUUCAAAGAUCUUUGGAAACAAAGAGAUGAGAAUAUUGAUGCUUGGACUUGACGCGGCCGGUAAGACGACCAUCCUUUACAAACUCAAACUGGGACAGUCGGUUACCACUAUUCCAACCGUAGGCUUCAACGUGGAAACGGUCACGUAUAAGAACGUCAAGUUUAACGUGUGGGACGUCGGAGGUCAGGAUAAGAUCCGACCGCUUUGGCGGCACUACUAUACAGGUACGCAGGGGCUCAUCUUCGUGGUGGACUGUGCUGACAGAGAUCGCAUCGACGAGGCCAGACAGGAGCUGCACCGGAUCAUCAGCGACCGUGAGAUGAGGGACGCCAUCAUCUUGAUAUUUGCUAACAAGCAAGAUCUGCCUGAUGCAAUGAAACCGCACGAGAUCCAAGAGAAGCUUGGUUUGACCCGCAUCCGAGACAGGAAUUGGUAUGUGCAACCUUCGUGCGCUACCACUGGUGACGGACUAUAUGAGGGCCUGACCUGGCUCACUUCAAAUUACAAAUCUUAAUGCACUGCUCAGUUGGAUUGGUCGGUGCAAGAGAAAUAGAUAGAUAGAUUAAAAAAAAAAAGAAGAAAAAAAAAGUAAAAUGAGCAAGAAAAAAAAAUAUAAAAUGGAAGCAUUUAACACACAAUUCCUCUUGCAAAAAGAAAUUUUCUUAUCCUGUUUUUUGUUUUCAUGGCCUGUAACAGUUUUCUUUUAUAUUAUGUACCAAUCCUUUUGGCUGGCUCUUAAGUUUGCUUUCUGGCACUAUUAUAAUAUUGCAUUCAAAUGCCACUUAUUGUCUUUGAAUAUUACAUAAAAGUAUUCUUUUGGAAAUAUGGAGGUUUCUUUUGCUCUCAUUAAGAUUUCUUUUUGGUCACUUUUUUUUUUUCUUUUAACUCCAGCACCAUUCUUAAUUUUGGUAUUCUGCUUGCAUUUUGCGUUCAUUGAAGCCAGAUUUUGCCCAUGAAUGUAGUGGGAGUGCCACCCACCCUUCUCUCUCUCACACACACUCACUCUCUCCAAGGUUUCUUUCUUCCCAGAUAUGUUAUCUGUCCUAGAAUGGCAUCAUAACACUGAUUUUGUUCAUUCGUCAUCAUGUCACAAGAAUCCAGAAAUGUUAAAAAAAAAAAAAAAAAGUGAAACCAGUCUUUUUGAGUGCAAGGAGUUCAAACAGGAAAAUGUGACGUCUUGUUUUGGCAACUCCAUGUUCAUGAAAACUUUGGAUACAUAUCACAUUUUCGAACACAACUGUGCUUUAUGGCUUUUUUUCUUAAUGUUUGGUCUCUCUCUGAGUGGGUGGCGGUUCCACUGUAAAUGAGUAUUAAAUUGUUUGGCUUUUUUUUUUUUUCUGUUUUCUUGGGAAGCACAAAAUGUGUUUCACAAGAGAUGAGCCAACAUGACUGAGCUGGGCAGGAGUCACAGAGGGAGCGAUGCCUGUAAUGGUGUCAGUGAGGGAACAAGUACAAGGGCCGCUCGCUGAAGUGAGCAGUUCAGCAUUUCUGUUCUGACCUUGUGUCCUGAAAAGUGUUUACUAAACCUACUACCUUUAGUCACCUGGAUCUUUCAUGGUGCUCUGGAUUCUGAUCUGCAAAUAAAAUACCCAUCAGCUGCAUGAUGCAGCCAGAGAAGCUUAUUUUUGUUUGGAUAAAUUACAAUAAGUUGUUUGUUGUAUUAUUUAGAGCAAUUUGUUAUGCUGAAGAGAAAAUAAUAAUAAAAAAAAUCAUAUUCCA